CAAAUCGAGCAAGAACUAUAUAAAGGAACCAAGGGAUCAAUCAAUUAAACUUCAAGAUAUAACAGCGUGAAUCAAAAUAUGGAGAUUUUGAAAAGCUUCCUCUUUGCAUUACUUGUUGGUUUUUCUAUAGCAACAAUAGCUGUUGCACAAAACGAUCAAUCAGGAUUCAUAAGCAUUGAUUGUGGAUUACCAGCAGGUUCCGACUAUACUGACAUAAGAACAGGUAUAUCUUACGUUUCAGAUGAAGGUCAUGUCAGUGGCGGAGUAAGCCAUAGUAUAUCACCUAUAUACCAAUCCAAUUCUCUAGAAAAGCCAUUCUUCACAGUUACAAGCUUUCCUUCAGGGACAAAAAACUGCUACACUCUAGCCCCAUCUCAAGGGAAUUUAGGCAAAUACUUAAUCAGGGCUAGUUUUUUCUAUGGAGAUUAUGAUGGAAGUGGCCAAUUACCAAAUUUUGAUAUUUACCUUGGAGAAGAUUACUGGGACACUAUCAUAAUAUCUAAUGCUUCUAUACCAUACUGGACGGAAGUUAUACACACACCUUCCAAUGACUACAUAACCAUUUGCCUUGUCAAAAGAGAUACUACAACUCCUUUUAUCUCAGCCUUAGAGUUAAGGCCAUUGAAUAUUACCCUAUACCCAACGCUAAGUAGAUCACUGAAACUUGUUGUACGUGAGAACUAUGGUUCCUUGACCAAUCAAAUCAUUAGAUACAACGAUGAUGUGUACGAUAGAAUUUGGCAACCGGGGCAAACUACUCUUGAAAAUAUUCAUACAACACAAGUGGUAAGUGAUAGUUUCUACAAGGUGCCAUCGGCGGUAAUGAGCACGGCGGUGACACCGAUAACUUCGCCCGGUACUGGCUGGAUUUCCUACAGCUGGACGCCUGGCAAUAUUAGCAGCAAAUAUUACUUCUACCUGCAUUUCGCCGAAGUCGAAGAAUUGCUGGGGACACAAACAAGGGAAUUCAAUAUUUAUAUCAAUGAUAACCUCGUAGAAGGACGUAUAUCUCCGGUAUAUCUUGCGACGACGACGGUGUACACGACGUCUCCGGGCUAUGGUUACGAACAGUACGAUGUUGUGAUUAACAGUACUGCCACUUCUACUCUUGCACCACUCCUUAACGCUCUCGAACUUUAUGUAGAGAUUUAGCUAUACAUAUAUAUCAAUAGUAGUCCGUAUGUCGUGUGGAGUGAAAUAAAAGGAAUUUUUCAUCAAGAAAAUAGAAGGCCGAGAUAGAAAAAUCCAAUUUACUGGCAUUUCUUUAUUACUACAAUGGAAGUAUUUGUACUUGUACUAGGCAAUAGGCAUGCCGUUUAAUGUAUCAUUCAUAGGCAUGUCGUAUAAUGUAUCAUUAAUGUUUCCUUUUCUUUUUCAUUGUGGAGUUCAAUGCCCUAA